UUUUGUCUUAUCCAAUCGAGAUAUAAUUCGUUUUUCUAAGAUAUGAGGGAUAUGAUACGGUAUAAAAUUACUUACUUUUUUUUGGCUAAUUAAGUAUUGGUCAAAUUUUAAUAAAACUAUUAGUUCCAUAGACUUUUUGGCCCAUUUAUUUCAUUAUGUUUGUUAUAAAUUUACAUUAUCAUCAAAUAUAUACUACUCUACAACAUUAUUAUAGAACAUACGAAUAUCAAUUCCACUUAUAGAUAUUGAAAUGAGUUCAACAAUCUUUCCUGUGUUGGCCUGGUCAAAUUACUAAUUCAGGGUGAUUCUAAUUUGUUUGGUUUAGUAGCAAGAAAAACUGUUAGUCUACACGUGUAGAGAAAAGAAUCCACAAAUGGGUCCUAAUGGUGCAUGCUGAGGUUCUUCUUGAUCAUCAUUUCCCAGUGCAAGAACCCCGGAAGCCAUUGCAUGACCACGGUUCAUUCUUUGUUAAAAAAGCAAUUAUGUCUAUUAUUAUCAUUAUUAUAUAUUUUCCAAAGAAAGAGCAAAUAUAAGAGCAGAUUUAUUAAAAGGCGGAAGCAAAUUUGUUGAUGUAAAAAAUUUAGCUACAGAAAAAAAUGGCUCAACUCGAACGCCCUCAGAGACCUGGUGUUGAAACUUCAAAAACUCCCACCAUCCAUACCAUGGAACAACUCCUCCGAGGAGAAGGGUCUAAAGUGUCACCAAAAGGUUCUAAGCUAUCGCCAACAGGUUCUAAGAUGUCAACCAACACUGCCACCUUGUCCUCCUCCUCCACCUCCUCCACUUCUAAUUCAUCACCUUUUUUCAAUAAGUUGAGGCACCAUGACUCGGAAGAAGACCAUAGCCCGAACCAGAAGAAAUCAGUCCUUGCCAAAGUGAAGGAGAAGGCUAAGAAAUUGCGUCACAGCCUCAGCAAGAAAAAGCACGACGAUGGAAACCAAACUCCCUCACCCAGCUCUGGCUUGGAAGACGAAGGAACACACGACGAAGCUGAAUACCAUGGAGCUCCAAGUAAUCAAGACCUUAACUUUCAAUUUUCUGAAAAGGUUUCUCUUAACUUUGAUCUUAUGUUGCUGUGUAAAAUUAUUAUUUCAGUGUACGAAUCUGAGAAGGCACAUCAACCAAAAUCAGGUCUAGGAAUGCAAGAAAAAUGUUUAACUCGGUCCUUCUCCAAGAGAACAACUCAUCCAGCAACUGUGGCUAAUGCUGCAGCUGGAGCUGCUACUAGCACCAAUACUAUUGAUGCUGGUUCGAACAGGGUAGCGACGACUAGAACCUUAGCUCAUGAACUGAACAAAGGAUCACAUUCUAUGACUUCCAAGUUUCAAGGCCUCACUAUUUACAAACCUGAUGAGCUUCACACUUCAACAUCACCAAAGGAUGGAACUCAAAGUAGUUUUUUUGUUUCUGCUCCAAGUACACCUCCAAAGACAUCUUCCCAAACUUCUCCAAGCGCAGCACGAAUUUGGUCAGCUCCAGUGACCCCAAAAACUUUGGCUCCAGUGUCACCACAGACUCCUUCAUGUUCAUCUGCUCCAACUACUGGCAGGUAUGCCAGCCCUGGCUCGCAGAUAUGGGAUAAGGGUGUUUCGGUGAAAGAGUACUUGAUGAACAAGCUUGAGCCGGGAGAAGAUGAAAAAGCUUUGUCUCAGGUGAUAUCUGAGGCCAUGAGUCCAAAGAGAACUCCAGGUGAUGCAGGUGUGAUGGAGAAGGUGAGAGAAGCUGUAACUUCUUUGCUCCGAACCGAGGAACCAAAACAAGAAGACACAACAACCACUAUCACGACCACUGACACCAACAUUGCAAGCACAUCCUAUCAAAACCCAGUAUCUAUCAGUGCUGCUCGCAGUUCAUCUCAAAUUCCAGUAUCUACCAAUGCUCUAGAAGUGGUUCAGGAAGAAAACCAUGAAAGAAUUCUUCAGGCAAAUUGAAAGUUCCCAUGAUGUUUAUGGCUACCUUGUGCUAUAUGUAUUCAAUUUUUGUUCUAUAUUUUUGUAUAUGUAUCCAAUAUUUAGACUGGAAUGAUCAUUUCCAUUUACAUUUGUAAAUUUUAAUUUGUAUGUAUUAAUAUCUUUGUACUCCAUGUGGACUUAUUGUAUAUUUAUAUUACACUAAAUAUUCUUCAGUUUUUUCUUUUAAUAUUUUUGCCAUGAAAGAUCAAAGCUAAAUUCUAAACUUUAGUUAUGAGCAACAAUAAGGAAACUACCAUUUUUCUCACCAUAAAACAUAUUUACAUGGCCAACGAAUUCCAAGUGGGAGAUGUAUACAUUGUAUUACAUUACAUGCGCUCCAAAAUUAUAUUCCAUUAGGAUUACAAGAUGCUAGUUUAAGCUGUCACUUACUCAUUUCAAGAUUUUGGACUCAAUAUCUUCUAGGCUCAAGCCUUUUGUUUCGGGAACUGAA